UUGAGGGAGUCUGGAUGAACUGAGACUGCCUUUGUUCACGUGGAGCUGCUCGCACUCGCAGACGCAGUCCUGGUGGGUGUGCAGGAGAGAGAAGACAGGAGCUGGAUACUCAAACAGUGAGUUAACUCACUAACGGGAACACUGAACUGGACGACAUGGGUCGUGCAAGUGUUUCAUCGCUGAGCAGAGUCUCACUGUGGUGCUGGAGUUUUAUAACUGUGUGUAUCUCAUUUCCCGGGAUUGCCUCUCAACGCCUUGAGUCCGAGAGGGUCUUGAAUACUCAACUGGACCUCACCGAGCUCAUCGGUGUGCCUUUGCCCCCCUCCGUCUCCUUCAUCACUGGUUUCGAGGGAUACCCUGCAUACAGCUUUGGCCAGGAUGCUAAUGUGGGCCGCCUAACACGCUCCUUCAUCCCUGACCCCUUCUUCAGCGACUUCGCCAUUAUAGUCACGGCCAAGCCCACCACUCGACGCGGAGGAGUCCUUUUCGCCAUUACCGAUGCCCUGCAGAAGAUCGUGCACUUAGGAGUAGCACUCGCACCAGUAGAAGAUGGAUCACAGCGUGUGGUUCUUUACUACACCGAACCCGGAGAGGCACACACGGAGGUGGCGGCUUCGUUUAAGAUGGGAGACCUUACGGGAAGAUGGGCCAGGUUUACGCUGGCUGUACAGGGAGAGGAGGUGAAGCUGUACAUGGACUGUGAGGAGCAUCACAGGGUGGCUUUCCGCAGAAGCCAGGAUGGGCUGAGGUUUGAACCCAGCUCCGGGAUCUUUAUAGGGAAUGCUGGAGGCACCAGGCUGGAGCGGUUUGUGGGCUCCAUCCAGCAGUUGGUGUUGACAGCCGAUCCCACGGCACCAAAUGAACAGUGUGAAGAAGAUGACCCCUAUGCAUCUGGUUAUGGAAGUGGUGAUGUCAUCUAUGAUGAUACUGAGACAGGAGAUGAAGUAAAGAAAGUUGUGGAAGAGAGAGAAUUCAUAAUGCCAGAGGAUCUUGAGACCACUCCUGUGAGAGCGCCCCCCACUGAAGCUCCAGUACCUGAAGGUGAAACAGAUGAUGAAGACUUGGAGGAAAGCUCUGGGUUGGACAUAGACAACACAGAUGCAAAAGCUGCAGAGCCAAUCAGAGCAGAGGGAGCAGGUCAAGACAGAAAUGUCAUUACCAUGCAAAAAGGAGAAAAAGGAGACCCAGGCCCACCAGGACCUCCCGGACCCCCAGGUCCUGCCAGCCCAUUAGGUCCUAAUUUGACAGGAGAGCCAGGGCCUAGGGGCCCACAGGGGCCUUCGGGACCUCCAGGAGUACCAGGAAAAGAUGGAAGUCCUGGUGAUCCAGGAAAAGAUGGAGCCGCUGGAGAGGUCGGACCUCCAGGAUUUCCUGGCCUUCCUGGAGAUCCAGGUCUCAAAGGAGAUAAGGGCGAUCCUGGGGUAGGCAUCGCAGGGCCACCUGGACCACCCGGGCCACCAGGGCGACCAGGAACAUCUAAGUACCCGGACAGCAUUGAUGGUUCAGGUUCAAGCUUUGUGGACUUUGACAGUGACACAGAAGUCAUAAGGGGUCCUCCAGGGCCUCCUGGGCCACCAGGACAGCCGGGUCCUCCUGGUCCCUCUGGUCCCUCUGUAGGUGUUCAUCCUGGUUCAGUAGGGCCCCCUGGGGUUCCUGGAAAAGAUGGGAAGGAUGGGGAUGUGGGUAAACCUGGAAUUCCGGGUCUGGAUGGACGAGCUGGUGAACCUGGCAAAGAUGGGGAAAAAGGCCAACAAGGUGAACCUGGUUUACCUGGACUAAUCGGACCAAAGGGUGAUUCAGGCCAGCCAGGGUUACCAGGACAGCCAGGACCUGUGGGACCUGAGGGUCCCAAGGGGCAACCCGGCCUUCCAGGGCCUCCUGGACCACCAGGAAAAGGCUUCAGCUUUGACAUGAUGGAUUCUGAAGGAUCAGGACUGGAUGUCAGCGGUGGCUUCAGACCUUCGCUGCCCAGAGGACCUCCUGGUCUUCCUGGUCUCCCCGGCCCAGCAGGACCACAGGGUAAAGACGGCGCCAGCGGCCCUCCGGGUGUUUCUGUAAAGGGGGAGCCAGGCCAUAAAGGAGAUGAUGGUCAACCUGGGUUAGCUGGACUGCCUGGAAAACAAGGGGAAAAGGGAGAGAAAGGUGACAUGGGUCAGAAGGGUGAAAGAGGUCUGGAUGGGAUUAGCCUACCUGGGCCCCCGGGGCCUCCCGGGCCCCCGGGACCAGUCAUCAACCUACACGAGCUAUUGCUCAAUGACACAGAAGGAAUCUUUAACAUCUCAGGGAUUUUUGAGCCGCAAGGACCAUUGGGACCAAGAGGUCCGAAGGGUGAUCGCGGGUUCCCAGGGGUCCAGGGAUCUUCAGGUUUAAAGGGUGAGAAAGGAGAGCCAGGGUUUCCCAUUACUGAUGGAGUGCUCUUGUCUGGAGUUACCGGGCCACAGGGACCAAAAGGGCUAAAGGGAGACAGUGGUGUUCCUGGACCACCUGGUGAAAAGGGUCCAAUAGGACCAGCUGGACCAAAAGGAGAGUUUGGAUUUCCAGGACGUCCAGGUCGUCCUGGAAUCAAUGGACGCAAGGGUGAAAAAGGAGACUCUUCAGGAUUACAUGGGCCUCCUGGACCUCCCGGACCACCAGGAAAACCAGGAAUAUUUAACUGCCCUAAUGGAACAGUGUUUCCGGUCCCCCCUCGACCUAACUGCAAAAAGCCUGUUAACGGAGAUUCUACACAAGGGGGAGCUAGCUGCACAUAUUCUGGAGCCAAAGGAGAGAAAGGGGAGAGAGGUCUUCCUGGAUUACCAGCCCCAACAAGGAAUACACUGGAGACCAAAGUGAUUGGUGAUAAAGGUGAUCAAGGUUUUAAAGGAGAGAAGGGAGAAAAAGGUGAAGCCGGUAUGCCGGGCCUUCCUGGGGUCCCUGGAAAAACUGGCUUGGUGGGACCUAAAGGGGAAUCUGUUAUUGGCCAACCUGGUAACCCAGGGCCACGAGGACCCCCUGGUUUUGGGAGAACUGGUGUCGCUGGACCUCCUGGACCACCAGGACCUCCUGGACAAUCUAACUCUGGCGUCAUGAUCCCUGGCCCCCCUGGGCCUCCCGGGCCCCCGGGAAGAGACGCCGAUACCUCAAGUGCCGCCAAGAAAUAUGCAAGUCUUCAAGCCAUGAAACAACAGUCACAUUUGGAUGAAAUGGGAACACUGUCGUUUGUUAUUGAUACGGGUAAACUCUAUAUUAGGGUGACAGGAGGCUGGAAAGAGAUUCAGCUGGGUGGCCUGAUCGAGACGUACUCUGCCCCUGUCUUCUCACAAAAUGAUGCUGGUCCACUGGUUUUGACCCCUCAACUCAGUCAUACACCUAAAAUCCACACUGGAAAUACACUCAGGUUAGUGGCAUUGAACACACCAUUGACGGGAAACUUGGGCUCCAUCCAUUCAGUCAAUAAGCUUUGCAAGGCCCAAGCUCAAGCCAUGGGCAUCAGAGAUGAUUACAAAGCCUUCCUCUCCCAUCAUCUUCAGGAUCUGAUCAAUGUGGUGCAGCCUAUGUAUCGUACAAACACUCCCAUCGUCAACUUACGGGGUGAGGUCCUGUUCAAGAACUGGGACAGUAUCUUCUCCAACCAUCUCCUUCCUCGCGGGAUCCCCCUUUAUUCUUUUGAUGGACGGGAUGUGAUGAGUGACCCCUUCUGGCCGCAGAAGGCUAUAUGGCACGGCUCUUCGGAAAGAGGCAAGCGGUUGGAUGCUUUGAACUGUGAGUCCUGGAGAGCAGGUGACAUGGCUAUCACAGGCCAAGCAUCCUUCCUCUACAAUGGUUUACUUAACCAGCAAACCCGCAGCUGCUCCAACCAGUUCAUCGUUUUGUGCAUCGAAACCAGCAACGACCACAAAACCCUCGAAGAGCUGCAGAACGCACAGAGUCGCCACAGAAGAUGGUAUUACAGAUACUGAAACCCUCUGUUACCGGCCUUCAGCUAACUGGAGGAUGUAAAUUUGUUUGGACAGAACUUGAGCAGCUCCAAAAGCCACGUGACCAACAAAUCUCAGGAUUUGGGUGCAUAAACUUUUCGUACAACCAAAGCCAUCGUUGCAGAAUGUAAAAGUGUAUUGGCCGUUUCCCAUUGUUGGAUACGAGGGAAAUUGGACAUGAGUUGUUUUAAUGCACUGUACUUUUCAUAUUGUUAUGUUUUGAUGUUGAACAAAUGUUUUUUUUAAUCACGUCCUUUAAUUGUUUGUUAUUCUGUUCGUAUUUAAUUUAAUUUCUGUAUUUUAUUUAUACAUUGACCACACAUCAUUGAAAAAGUCAAAGAGUUUGACUAAAAAUUUUGUAUUUUAUGCUUCCAACUUUUGAAAUGAAUUAUGAUGAAAAUUAUCAUGACACCAAAACACAUCAUCAUUUUAUAGAAAUUGUUUAACUGCAUUCUGUAUAAUUUCAGUCCACAACAACAAACAUCAAGUCACCUUUAUCUCUUACUUUUUUUUUAAACAAAACAUUUGCUAUUUGUGUUUUUUGUUUGUUAAAUAAAACUUUUUUCCA